AGAGUCGCAGGCGCCCUCUUGGAGGACGGAAUUCGACGUCGGACUCUGCGCCUCGCGUAGUUCCGGUGGCGACUGCGGAGCAUGGCGGCCCUAGGACAUCUUGCCGGGGAGGCAGCGGCGGCCCCAGGCCCGGGUACUCCCUGCGCGUCCCGCAGACACCGGCUUCCCGGCCUGGUUUCCAGCGUCCGGAAUCCCUCCACUGUCUGUCUCUGCCCAGGGCAACCCACGAGCAGUAACGCCGACACCAGAGCGCACCCGUUAGGCGAUGAAGGCAGUGCAGCGUCGAAAAAACAAAAGAAUAAGAAGAAAACCCGGAACAGGGCCUCUGUGGCAAAUGGAGGCGAGAAGGCCUCAGAGAAACCCGCCCCAGAAGAAGUGCCCCUAAGCGCUGAGGCCCAGGCGCAGCAGUUGGCCCAGGAAUUGGCUUGGUGUGUGGAACAACUGGAGCUUGGCCUCAAGAGGCAGAAACCCACCCCGAAACAGAAAGAGCAGGCUAUUGGAGCAAUCCGAACCCUGCGCAGCAAAAGAACGCCCCUGCCCCGAAAGAGGCAGUUGAUGCACUCCUUAUUUGGAGACUAUAGGGCUCAGAUGGAAGCUGAAUGGCGUGAGGCCCUGCGGGCUCUCAGAUCUGCUGCUUAUUUAGCCCAGGUGCAGCCUGUAGAUGGAGCCACCAGAAAGAAGAGCCGAAGGGUCUGCAGGCCUCGCCCUAUAGGGCGAGCCAAAGCCACUCUGGACACUCCUGAUGAAGAGUUUAGGUUCAAUUUCUUUUAGCUUCUCCCCCAACUUGGAACAUUCCCCCUCCCUUGGGGUGGUGUAGGGGUUUGUUUUGAGUGCAGAGCCUUUCCAGGACUUCUGUUGGCAGAGAACCCUGGGGUUGGUCUGUCCCUGGCUGGUCCAAGGAUUUGGAGCUGUUGUGAAGGUGUGAGACCAUCAGAUAGGCAGAAGACCCCAUUUGUUUUGUGAUGAAAUGUUCUCUCUUUCAGAACAGAGAGAGAGAGGUGCAUUUAGAAAAUAUACAAUAAAUUGAAGUGACUGUUUGAAGUAUUGUA